AAAUAUGAUGUUUAACGUUACCGAAUCGAUCGAUCUUUUAAUACAAGAGGAGAUUAGAUGUUUCAAAUUAAUGGAGGAGGAACGUGAUCAGAAGGAUGUUUGCGAGAGGUCCUGGGACGGGCUUUUGUGCUGGCCCCCAUCCCGGCCCGGGGCAGCAUAUCUGCCGUGCUUUGAAGAGCUUCACGGCAUCAAAUACGACACGUCACAAAAUGCUACACGUUGGUGUCAUCCCAAUGGGACAUGGGCAAAUUAUUCCAACUAUACGAAAUGCAGCGACCUGGGUAAACCGGCGAUCGAAUUCGAAGACGGUGUCGAAGUGACUACGAUGAUCUACUCGAUAGGAUACGGGCUAUCGCUUGUUGCCCUCUGCCUCGCAGUCUACAUAUUUAUUUAUUACAAGGAGCUGAGAUGUCUUAGAAAUACAAUCCACACAAAUCUCAUGUGUACGUACAUACUCGCCGACUUCAUGUGGAUAUUAAAUUAUUCCUUGCAGAUCUCAGUGCAGACAGAUUUCGUUCCUUGUGUACUUCUAGUCAUUCUUCUUCAUUACUUCCAUUUGACAAAUUUUUUCUGGAUGUUCGUCGAAGGAUUUUACUUAUACAUGUUGGUUGUUAAAACGUUUACCCAAGAAAAUAUCAAGUUAAGAGUGUACUUAGCUAUUGGUUGGGGUGCUCCUGUUUUAAUCGUCAUCACAUGGUGGAUUGCCCGUUUUAUUACUGACGAACAACGUAGCGAUUCACAGAUAGUUAUGGAUCCAUUUCAAAAGGGAUGUCACUGGAUGAUGCCGAACAUGACAGACUGGAUCUACCAGACACCAGCAAUUAUCGUAUUAGUCAUCAAUCUUAUGUUCCUAGUCAUGAUAAUGUUGGUCUUGAUAACGAAAUUGCGCUCAGCGACCAAUGUGGAAACGCAGCAGUACAGAAAAGCGGCCAAAGCGCUCCUGGUGUUGAUUCCGCUCUUGGGCAUAACCUACAUACUCUUCAUAGUUGGACCGUCUAAAGGGCCGUACUACGCCAACCUGUAUGAAUACGUUAGGUCAAUUUUAAUCUCCACACAGGGACUCAUGGUGGCUCUUUUUUACUGUUUCCUUAAUACGGAAGUUCAAAAUACCGUCCGCCACCAUCUGAUUAGGUGGAAGGAAGCGAGGGAUAUUGGAGUGAGGAGGUAUACAUAUUAUUGUAAAACUAGGUCACCAAAUUCUGAUAUUGAGAGUGUUAGAUUGUAUUCGAAACACGAAGCCUGCACCAGGAUCAGAGGAGAGUCGACGGCGAGCGAGGCGACGACACUCACCCUCGGCUAUAGCGGCGCGCACAGAAACACAAACGGGCCGACAGCUAACACCAUUCGAGCUUCCGUCAGCCCUUGCCUCGACACCCCUGAGCAUGCCGUUUAAAUUUUUAAACAUAAAUGUUUAAAUCAUUUUUUGUGUCUUUACAAUCGAUUUUUAUCGUGCAUUUAUUUAUUUUAUUUCUACCAAAGAUAUAAGUGUUUUUUAAAUAAUAAUUAACCGCGUCAACGGUUUA